AUGAGCAGUAUUUACAUUCAAGAACCACCCACGAAUGGAAAGGUCUUGUUAAAGACCUCCGGAGGUGACAUUGACAUCGAGCUGUGGUCUAAGGAAGCUCCUAAAGCAUGUAGGAACUUUGUGCAGCUGUGCAUGGAAGGUUACUAUGAUGGAACAAUAUUCCACAGGGUGGUGCCUGAAUUCAUCAUUCAAGGUGGAGAUCCAACUGGAACCGGGAUGGGAGGAGAGUCCAUCUAUGGGGGGCCAUUCAAGGAUGAGUUUCACACCAGACUGCGCUUCAACCGUAGAGGUCUGGUCGCUAUGGCAAACGGUGGCCCCCACGACAACGGCAGCCAAUUCUUCUUCACUUUGGGACGUGCUGAUGAGCUGAACAACAAGCACACCAUUUUCGGAAAAGUGACUGGAGACACGGUCUAUAACAUGCUGAGGUUGGCAGACGUGGAAUGUGACAGCAAUGAAAGACCUUUGAAUCCUCACAAGAUAAGAUCUUCAGAGGUUCUGCAUUCUCCCUUUGAUGACAUUGAACCACGUGAAUCAAAGAAAGCCAAGAAGGAAAAAGAAAAAGAGGAAGGAAAGAAAUCCCAAUCAAAAGCCACAAAGAACUUCAGCCUGCUGUCGUUCGGCGAGGAGGCCGAAGAAGACGAGGAGAUGGUCAAUCAAGCCAGUCAGAGUCUAAAAGGAAAGAGCAAAAGCAGCCACGAUCUCUUGAAGGAUGAUCCGAGACUCAGCUCUGUUCCGGCUGUUGAUAAGGCAGAGAAGACAUCUGGAGAUGAAGCAAAGGAGGAUGACGAGCGCGAGAAAAUGAGCGAGCUGGUCAGAGCCAAACUGAAGAAAGAGAAAGACAGCGCAGCAGCCAGCGAGCUCCGUGUAGACGAGGAACGAGGAAAGAAAAGCAGCCGCAGCGAAGAGUUGCGCAAAGAAGUUCGACAGUUGAAGAAGGAGCUGAAGGCGCUGAAGCAAAGAGAAGAUGGCCCUAAGCCCGCCAUGGAUGAAGUCAAGGAGGAGAGCAAAAAGCCAACCAGCGAGGCUGUCGCCGAGUAUCUGGAGGAGAGAAAGAAGUACGAGGAGCGAAGGAAAGACAAGCGCAAGAAAGGCUAUGGCAGAGAGGAACAGACCAUGGAACUGCUCAACCGUUUCAAAUCCAAGUUGACGACGGCCAUUAGCGAAGCCCCGGAGGUGGAAGAGGACGAAGAAGAGCUGGCAGAGGACGACGACACAGGAUGGCUGGGCCACGUGCUGCAGUUUGACGAGCAGUCCCGAAAAGUGAAAGACGCCAACAUGCAGGACGAGGACACCUUUGAGAUCUACGACCCGAGGAACCCCGUCAACAAGCGGCGGCGGGAGGAGAGCAAAAAGAUCAUGAAAGAGAAGAAGGCCAAGAGGUGA